UGGAAUCGAAUCCAGCGCCAUGCAUGUUGACUUUGUUUGCAUGACAACCCUGAAACAAUGUGCUUUUCCAUUUGCCUAAACCUAUCAUUUGAGCUUGAGCACUAUAAUAAUACUAUCCCAUCCCAUCUACAGCGUAGGACCAGCAAUCUUUGAUGCUUGAUUCCGACUUCCCUCCAUUUAUUUUUGUGCUAAUUAUACACUUACAACACACAUCAUCAUCAAUUCAUCAUCUCAGUCAGCAGAGACUGCCAAAGUAAGCCCUCAUUAUUGCUUCUUUCUUUACCUUAAUUCUCAUGGAAAACUUCCAUCCCUUUCAAUCUCACUCACUCCAUCUCUCUCCCCUUAUCUACCUUUUUUUUCUUUUUUUUUGGAAAUGUAUCUACCUCAUUCAAUGUCCUGAAAAAGUUCCCUUCUCUCCACAUUUUUUUUUCUUUUUUCCUAUUCACCGUCACCGACUCUUUCUCACAGAAUCUUUCUCUUAUGAACCAACUACUAGCUAGUACCAACUCGUUAGUUCUUGAUUGUUUCCUGUAAGAAUCAAUUCCUUCUUUCAAAUACUUAAACACUGAUACGUACCUCGGCUAGCUAACAAGUACUCAGGAUCCCUUUUUCUCUUCUUUUUGCUCUGCUUUCUAGUUCUUCUUACAACCUCUGUCCUGAUGUUUUUGCUUGAUUGCUUUUGUGGAAGUUGAGCUUACUGCUUUCCUUUCCUUCAGAAAAAAAAUAAAAAUAAAAAAUGAAAGAUCCCUUUGGUAUUUGGUUCAGCUUCUUCUUGCUUCCCUUUUUCCUCCUGUUGCUGCUUCCUUCUUCAUCUGCGCAGGCAGCCCCUUCAGAAAUAAGGAUUCUUUAUGAAAUCCGACGCAUUCUCGAAUAUCCAGAGGUUCUUCAAGGAUGGAACAACUGGACCAACUUUUGUUAUCUUCCUCACACACCUUCUCUUGUUAUUGUCUGCUCAGAUAAUCACGUUACCGAGUUAACCAUUGUCGGAAACAAAACCAGCCCUUCUCACAAUCCAAAACCAGGAAAUGUUUCCCAGAGAACUCUGUCUCCGGGUUUUUCCAUAGAUUCAUUCUUCUCCGUCAUCACCAAGCUUUCCAAUCUGAAAAGGUUGUCAUUGGUUUCUUUAGGCAUUUGGGGUCCAUUGCCUUCCACCAUUGAUAGGUUUGAUUCACUUGAGGUGCUUAAUCUCAGUUCCAACUUCAUUUAUGGUAGCAUCCCGAAAACAAUAACCACUUUCAAGAACCUGACUAGUCUUGUUUUGGCUGAUAAUGCGUUCAAUGAAACUGUUCCUGAUCUGAGAAGAAUGACACAACUUAAGGAAAUAGAUUUGAGUAACAAUCCCAUAGGGCCUAAGUUUCCUUCUUUGGGCAACAACCUCGUGAGUAUCAAGCUUAACAACAUGUCAUUGAGAUCUGCGAUCCCACCGGAUUUUGCAAAGUUUUCUAGCCUGCACUCACUUGAUAUCUCCUCUAACAAGCUGCAAGGAGCGAUCCCUUCAUUUCUGUUCUCUCUGCCAUCAAUUCAGUACAUCAAUCUUGCCAAGAAUCAAUUAAGUGGAGCACUUCCUGCAACUGUUUCAUGCCGAGACAACCUGACAUUUGUAGAUGUAUCCAAUAACCUGCUGAUUGGAAAGUUGCCGUCUUGCCUUGGAUCAAAUUCUAAAAACAGAACAGUUAUCGCAUCAUGGAAUUGCUUGUCAAAUUCAACUGAAAAAUCACAAAGGCCUUAUUCUUUCUGUCACAAGGAAGCAUUAGCUGUUCAGCCCACUGCAAAGAAGAAGAAGGAGGAGUCAACCAUCAAACUUGGUAUUGUGCUAGGUGUCAUUGCCGUCGUUGUGGUAAUCAUUGGUGUACUUGGGAUGUUGGUCUUGCUCAUCUACAGGAGAAUGGAGAGAAAGAAAGCUAAAGAAUACAAAUCUGAGAGCUUUGUUUUCGAAAAGAAUGCUGCUCGUGGCUCCCCACUUGUUGAUGGACAGCAUAUGCCCCGGACAAUGAGGAUGGUGUCAAUGGGACUUCCACCGUAUCAGGUUUUCACACUGGAAGAAAUUGAAGAAGCUACACAAAAUUUUGCUAAUCUGGUCGGAGAAGUUUCUCAGGCUCAGCUCUACAGAGGUUGGCUUGGAGAUGGCACAGUGGUCCUGGUAAAAUGUAUGAAACUAAAGCAGAAGCACUCACCUCAGAACUUGCAGCAGCACAUGGAAGUCAUAUCAAGAUUGAGACAUCGGCACCUUGUCAGCGUUCUUGGACAUUGUAUUGUCGCACACCAGGACCAUCCCAACAUAGCGAGCACCGUCUUCCUAGUGCUAGAAAACGUUGCAAGUGGAUCACUAAGAGAUCAUUUAAGCGACUGGAGGAAGAGGGAAAUAUUGAAAUGGCCACAGAGAAUUUCAAUUAUAAUGAGUAUUACCAAGGGAAUUCAGUACCUGCAUUCAGCAGGAAUAGUUGGAAAUGAUAUAAAGACAGAGCAUGUACUGUUGGAUGAGAGUUUAUCUCCAAAAAUAAGCAGCUAUAACAUAUCAUUACCAACAAAGGUAAACUAUAUUACCCAAGUUCUACGAAUAACACUGAACCAAUUCAACAAGGUUCGAUAUUUCGUCUAGGCAUGAAAAGCUUCAAAUUUCAUAUUUUUCUGUAAAUUUUACCCAGGCUGGCUCCGAAAGCCCUCUGGUUGGUCAAGAGAGUCCCUUGGCUAGUGAAAAUGCAGAAAAGGAGGACAUUUAUCAGCUGGGAGUGAUAUUGCUUGAAGUUAUCACGGGUCGACUAAUUAUAUCUAAGAGUGAGGCAGAUGACCUACAACUCCAGGUAAUCAAUGAUACUCUUACUACCAGUAGUAGAUUUCUCAUCUGCUAAGCGUAGUAUCAUACAUGAAUGAAUUCGAGGCGAAAAUACUAACUUACCCUCUUGAGUGCACAGAUGGAAAUUUGCUUGGCAGAGUCGGCAACAAAACUCAGAGAUUUAACAGACCCCUCCAUCAGAGGAUCUUACGCAUACGAAUCACUGAAAACAAUAGCCCAAAUUACCAUAAGUUGCUUGAACAAAGACUCCAGCACGCGUCCCUCAGUAGAAGACAUUCUUUGGCACAUGCAGUAUUCAGUACAAGUUCAAGAAGGAUGGGCCAGCAGUGGAAACCUCGGGGGGAACUUCAGCGGGAAUUUCAGCGGAAACAUGGGCGGAAGACUCAGCGGAAACUUAAGCAAGCAGUAUUAGGGCGUCUCCAAGGCUUGAAUUUCGACGAACACUUGAUAUGCAACAACUCAUUGCUCCUCAAUAUAUAGUACAGAACUGGGUUCUUUUUUGAAAUAUAGUCGGGAAAUUUUACAGUCUCCAGUUAUGAGAUAAAUCAGACUGCAGGAUAGAAGUGUACAUUUUCUUUUCUAAUGCUUAAUUAGCACAAAUACAAACUAACCAAACUACCAAAAGCUUCCUACAUCAAAUGAUUCCUGUCCUACUUUAACUUACAACAGCAUUAACGUAUCUUUUACUCGUUAAUCUCAUCUCAUGGACUGAACUGAAGUGCGUAGCAAGAAAAAGGCUGAGGAUUUCUUCUUAUUUUUGCCUUGAUCAUCAUAUGAAAAAGGAGAAAAAGAU